UUCAGUGAUAAGGAAAGCGAUGUUAAUUUUCAUGAACGCUCCAGAUCCCCCGUCAAAGCCUCAGAAUCAACUUCUUCCCUGGCAUCCAAUCAUUUACAGGCUAAUCCAUACACUGGUCGAGCAUAUUCACAGAGAUACUAUGACAUCUUUCGAAAGCGUAUUCAGCUGCCUGUUUGGGAAUACAAGGAUAAUUUCAUAGAAACUCUUACUGGAAAUCAGGUCACUGUGCUUGUAGGAGAAACUGGUUCUGGAAAAACAACUCAGAUACCUCAAUGGUGUCUUGAGUGGGUUAUAGCUCGCUAUCAUUCUAAAAAAGGGGUUGCUUGUACUCAACCCAGGCGAGUUGCAGCAAUGUCCGUCGCCCAGCGCGUCUCCGAAGAAAUGGAUGUCCAACUUGGCCAAGAGGUUGGGUACACAAUCCGUUUCGAAGACUGCACCUCUUCUAAAACUGUGAUGAAGUAA